AGCGAACAGUUUUGGUGUCCCUGAAUAACCCUCACUACGACGCCAUUGUUAUUACAACGUCACUAGUUAAUUUUUGUCCAGUAUUCCUGCUUGUGGUGAUGUCAGCUUUCUGAGGGAUGGUAACAUCUCUGCUAAUAACACAAGAAAAUGGGUGUGCGUGGCCUCUCCACAUAUAUUCGUGAAAAUCUCAGAGACACUUUGGAAAAACGCAAACUCCAUAAUUGUAACAUUAUUAUUGAUGGGAACAAUUUGGCCCGUAUCUUGUACUACGAGUGCACUGGAAUUAAUGCUGCAUUUGGUGGAGAUUAUGACAAAUAUGCCAGCUUUGUGGAAAAGCACUUUGAAAGUUUCCAAUCAUGUAAGGUGAAUCCUAUUGUCAUCAUGGAUGGUGGAAAGCCAUUGAACAAGAAGAAGUUGAAAACUACACGAGAAAGGAUCCAAGACCAGAUCAAUAUGUGCAGUCGUGUUGAUCCUAAGAACCAGUACAAAUUCAAAAUAUUUCCUUGCAUGGGGCGCCAAGUUUUUGUUACAACAUUGCAAAAAAUGGGAAUUACAGUUUUACAAACAGAUUUUGAGGCAGAUGAAGAAAUUGCUAGGUUGUCCAAGAUACUUGGUUAUACAGUUCUUAGCAACGAUUCCGACUUCUUUAUGUAUGGUGUUCCAACAGUUCUACUUGACUCCAUCAUUCGUUGCAAAAUACACAUAGGAAAGGCGAAACCGCCUCGAGAGCCAUUCCAAUACAUUGCUUGUUACCAUUUCAAUGUGGAUAAAUUUUGUAAGGUAACAGGUAUGGACCGUGCACAUCUCCCUCUUCUUGCCACAUUAUUAGGGAAUGACUAUAUACCAAAAGGACGCUUCUCCCAAUUCUACACCCACUUAGCAAAGGAAAGGCAGAAUUCACGAGGCAGAAAUCGCCAAGCAGAUAUAAAGAAUGUCAUUACCUGGAUAGUAAAAAUGAAUGGAAAAAGCAUGAAGUAUAUUAUCAAUAAUGUUGCCAAAAUAUGCUGCAAGAAGGUAUCAAAGCACAGGAUUUUGUGGUCGGUGAAUCAGUACUCUGAAAUGAAAACUAAUCUCCUGAAUAUUCUCCGUGCAGAGGGACUUGGUAAAUCCCGAACCUCCUUGCACAGCGAUGGUUCUCAAGUUGAGAAAUGUGAGCCCGAAGAUAAUACAUUGAUAAAGAACUCUGAGGUGGAAACUGCUUUAUCUUGUAAGAAUGGUAAAAAACUUCCAGCAUGGUUUACAGAAGCAUACCGUAGGCACAGGAUUCCACAUGAGGUGGCAGACAUUUUAACUCACAACUACUUUAUUUCACCUCCACAGGUGGAAGAAAAUUUGUUGGAUUGUUCGUAUUUGGUUGUGGAGCCAAUCGUUAGAUCAGUGUAUUUUUUACUGUGGAAAGGGGUCACCAGUCAGAAACACCUCAUCAACUGCCAUAAUGAAAGUAGUUUUCAGGAUGUUGAAGUGGGCAGUCAUUCAGAAAGUGUUGAGAAUUAUAAUCAGUACACUUCAAAUGUAAUGUAUGAUUCUGAUGUGGUGGUAGAGGAAGAGGAAGAGUACAGUGAUGUUGCAUAUAAUUUUGAAGAAAUUGAUAGUUCCACUACAGUGUCAGAAGAAAUGGAGGAAGAAAGUUGGAAACUUGUAAGAGAUUCUGAAGUAGAGGAAGCUGAGGAGUCCAGUGAAGAAGGAAUGGGAAGGAAUGAUAACUGGGGAUUGGAUCAAGCAGUUUAUGAAAAAGAAUAUUUAAAUAUUGAAAAAGACAUCAAUUAUGAGUUAACAGAAGGAGAACAAAAGGAAGCUGAGCCAAGUGAAGAAGGGUUGGGAAAGGAUGAUAACUGGGGAUUGGAUAAAGUAGUUUACGAUAAAGAAUAUUUAAAUACUAAAAAAGUUUAUAAUGAGUUAACAGAAAGAGAAAAAAAGUGUGAAUUAAUUGGAGAUGCCAAAUCACAGGUUUAUUCCCUUCAGUGGUACUUGAGAAAAAAUAAUAGCAUAUGGGUGAAGAAGCUUAAAUUUUUGGCCAAUGAAAAAGCAAGUGACUUUCCCUCUUUGGAUGAAGUUGCUUCUAUGUCUCUUGCUGACAAGAAAAAGGUCUUCUACUCUGUGCUUGAUACAAAGAAUGAACUUGAGAAGUAUGAUUUACCUGCUGAUUUGGAAUUAAUCUUUGCUUUUAUUAUUUACUGGUUCAGAAACAGCAAGCUACCACUGAGGGACUGUCAUGCCUUGUGUGUUAUGCUGUGUAUUUUUAUGUAUUAUAUUAUUGAUGGCAAAAUAGGAAGAGUUAGAACCUGGAAAGGAUUUGAGGAUGUAGAAAAAUGUAAAAGUAAAAUUUCCAGCCUUCAAAAGGAUGCAUCUUAUUGUAGCCCUGAUGUUGGUGUGAGAAACCUUUUGGCUAAUACAUCCAAAGAGGAGUGUUUGGUAGCUGCUUUUAAUCUCUUUAAUUUUCACCAUCAAAAACAGAGGUGCAGCAGAGAUUACUGUCGCAAGACUGUUCAUGCUUUCAGUGAAUACCAGGCGUGUAUAUAUUUUCUACAACUCUUGAACAGUUUACUGUGCUCACCAUUUCCCAUGCUAAGUGUUGAAUGCCUCUGGGGUGGGACCUUCUGCUACAACAUUUUCUUGUACCUCAAGAGGAAAUCAAAUCCCAUUAUUCAAAUUGCUGAGAUGUUAGGAAGGAAAACUUGCCUUGAACAGUUAUUCCUUAAGCUCUUGAGGAUACUAGCUGAUGCUCUGAGCCUCAAGAAAAGUGUUUAUAUGCUGAAAAACUUUAAAUUAUAUGUAAAGAAAAAUGAAAAAAAUAUUAAAAUGAAUGAAACAGUUCAAAAUUCCAAAAGUAAUGAACAAGAGGACAAGCAUGAACAGAACAUGCAUGAUAAGUGGAUGUUAAGAGAAACAAAACUAAAAGCAAAAAAGAAGAAAGGAAAGAGAAAAAAUGUUAACAGAGGACAGUUGGGGAAAGUGCAUGUGCAAAGUGAUAAUGAGGAAGAGUCAGGAAAGGAGGAAGAAAAUGAUGAUGGAGACAAUUUUUAUCUUCUUGAAAAUCGCUUUGCAAUGCUUGUAAUUGAGAAAGAAUCUGCAAGUGUUGAGUAACUUGUGAAGAGCACAUAUGCAGAAAACUAUGAACAUAAUACUUGAUAUAUUUCUUUUUCAGACAUGCUUGUGUAAAAUUAAGCAGAGUUGUCAACAAGUAGCUCUAUAACACACUAUUGUUUAGAAAAAUAAUUUAUGAAAAAUUUAAACAUAAAUUUUUUUAACAUUGUGAAUCCAUGUUAAUUUUUUUUAACAAUUAGUGAAUCAUUGUUUACUUCAUAAAAUGCAGGAAUUUUAUGCUGCUCAAACCAUGAAGGGGUUGUCUUUAUUGAAAGAAUUGGUGUUAUCCUUUUUUUGGAUCAAAUCAGGAUACCCCCACUUCUCACAUUACCCAGGUAAUGUAUGUCCCUUAUGGAUUUAGCCCUUCCUUAUCAGUGUUAUUCUGGAUCUGCCAGUGGAAUAGGAUAUGCAGACAUCUUUCCUGAUCAUAUGAUUCAAGGCUGGCUAUUGCACGUAACUAGUAUUUUUUUCAGCAAAGUUGAAAGCUAUUCUUGAUGUGGUUAACUGCAUUACUACUUGGUUGAAGAUUUCAUUAUCUUGUCCUAUUUUCUGACCCUCAGAUUGCAUAGCAAGCAGUUCAGACUUUUGAUUCCUUGUAUCCUCUCAUUCUCAUUCAGCAUUGUCACAACCAACACUGACACAAACAACUUGUCUUCUGUUGGGUACCUAGACAUGUGAUGCAUUCUUUUGUUCAGAACCUUUCAUCUUCCACAGGUAUUUGCCAUUCUCAUUAAUCUUUCUUUCAACAUACCAGCCGUAUCCCACCGAGGCGGGGUGGCCCAAAAGGAAGAACGAAAGUUUCUCCUUUUACAUUUAGUAAUAUAUACAGGAGAAGGGGUUACUAGCCCCUUGCUCCCGGCAUUUUAGUCGCCUCUUACACAACGCAUGGCUUACGGAGGAAGAAUUCUGUUCCACUUCCCCAUGGAGGUAAGAGGAAAUAAACAAGAACAAGAACUAGUAAGAAAA